CCCGGAUCGCCCGCCCGAGCAGCAUCAAGACGCCCGGGCUCGAGCGCAGGGCGGCGCGGAGGCGGCCGGCCAGGGCCCCUCGCGGCCCACGGCGCCGCGAGCGGGUGCCGCACCACGCGCGAAGGGGCCGGGCCGGCAUGUGCGCGAGGGGUGCCUGAGUCUGGGGCCAUGUCGUUUCAGGACUUCGCGGACGCCUCCCCGGAGGACGAGAAGAUCUUUCCGGACGUCGCUUUCACGUUCGAGAGGUGGAUGAUGGAGUCGAUGUUCAUGAAGGAGGCCAGCACCAAGACAUACGUGAAGAGCCUGAAGCUCCUCUUCAUGGAGGACGGCAAGACCUACGCUGCCAUGGCAAGUCCGGAGUACUUCGAGGCGGUCAAGAAGAGUCCAGCGAACAAGCGCGCCAACAGCAACCGGACCUCUGGCCUGAAGAAAUUCACAGAGUUCUGGGAGCACGUGGGCAAGAAGAACUGGGCCGAGAAGAGCGGCUGGCUGUCCGCGCCGGGCGGGAAGCGCGCCUACUUCCUGGAGGCGCCCGUGGGCCUCGGCCGCCCCGACGGCGACGGCACCUUCGCCGGGGCGCGGCGCCCCGCGACCAGCGCCGCCCCAGCGGGGGCGGCGCCUCCGGCGCCCGCGCCGCCAGCGCCUGCACAGGCGGCGGCGACGGACGCGCCGGCCGCACAGCCGGCGGCUGCCGGCGAGGCCAGGCCCGCGGCGGCGGAGGCAGCCGGACCAGCCCGCCGGGAGCGCAGCCGCAGCCGCGACGACGACCGUGCUCCGGCAGCGAAGGCCGAGCUCAAGG